AAUGGGUGCGAAAAUUCUUUCGAUAACGUGCUCUGACACCUUGGCCUAGCAGAUUCAAUAUAGAAUUGCAGCAAAUUAUAUAUUAAGAUCCAAUCUAAUAGAGCUGGACAUAAAGAAAAACACGAACGGUGAAGAGGUGCAACUGACUUUUUGGUGGUCGUCAGGGAUCCCUUUGUGAAGUUUUAAAGUACUCAAUUUUGGUAAAGUCAAGUGUCUGCAAGCCUGAACAGUAGUUUAAGGUUAUGGAGUGAAAAAACUCAAGAAAGAAGAAGAAGAACGAGUGAAGUUAUACAGUAAAUACAGUAACAGUUACUAAUUGUAGGAGUAUAGACAACAAAGUUUAAAAUGUAGGUACCUAGAUACUUGGAAGGAAGGAAAAUUCUGUACAAAUCUAGUCGAAAAAGUUAUUGGAUGCGCACUUGACCGGUUUAUAAAAAAAUGUGUAAAUUUAUAUUUAUUACGAUUCUUAGCUGAUUUUUUUUCGUAAUUUAUUUUUAUAAACCAUUAUAACUAUAUAAGUAAAAGCCGUUAAACAUAACAAGCCGUUUUUAAUUUUUAGCGAGAGUAUGAUAUAGUAAAGCUAUUUUUUUUUCAUUGUAAAUAUAAGAUAAGAACAACUUAAAGAUAAGAUUUAAAAAUUCAUAAAACAUGCAUUUAUCAUGACAAUCAUUAUAAAUAAAAUUCAGGUAACCUAUUUCACUCAAUCUCGUACACAUAUGCGUGCAAGAGCGAGAUAUAACUAUAGAUAUAAUACGUCAACUGAGUGAACACACAUCCAAUACUUAAAAUUUUCCCAGAUAGGAUAUCAAAGAGUAAGAAAUCAGUGUGGUCUUUAAUAAAUGAUACAAUCAUUAUGUAUAGUCUAAUAAACAAAGUGGCUAUCGUAACCGGAGGUGCAAAUGGUAUAGGCGCACAAAUUGUCCAGGGAUUCGUAAAGGAACGUAUAAAGUAUGUUGCCAUUCUUGACAUCGACGAAGCAUCUGGCGUUACAUUACAAAAUAAACUAAACACAGAAUACGGUAGCGACGUAGCUGGUUUCUUUAAAUGCAAUAUCACUGUGGACGAAGAACUAUUCACCACAUAUGAUGAAAUAUUUAAAAAAUUCGGAGUUAUUGAUAUUGUGGUUAACAAUGCAGGUGUUGCUUCAGAAAAAAUGGAUACGUACAAAAAUGAAAUUGCUAUUAACUUUACUGCAUCGGUUUCUUCCACAUUAAAGGCUUUAGAGUUAAUGCGCGCUGACCGUGGAGGUGCAGGUGGAACUAUCAUCAAUGUGUCUUCUGUUGCCGCUUUGGCAUUGUUGUCGCCAAAUCUCUUUGUGUAUGCUGCUACCAAAAGUGCUAUACUACAUCUUAGCGUUUGUAUGGGAAAAGAAGACUAUUACCGCCACACCAAAGUACGAGUUCUGGUAAUGUGUUUUGGAGGAACAGAGACGGCUAUUGUACACAAAAUGGAGAGUUUCGAUGAUUUAGUCAAUGAAAAUUUGCAUAAAAUUGUAGACACAUUAAGACAACAAUCUUUUUUGCAAACGGCUGAUACAGCAGCGAGAGGUGUAAUCGAAGCAUACCAAACCAGUGCUAGUGGAAAUGUAUGGCUCGUAGACAAUGACAACGUCUUGAACAUUACUGACAGAAUAUAUGGAGCAUACAAAAUAUUGUCCGACGGUGUUCACAUUUGAUAAUAUUAAGUUACAAAACUAUGUAACUAUAAUUUCAGUUUUACUCGUAAUAAUUGGAAGUAUUAUUAAAUAUGUAUAAUCAUGGUAAAUAUGGUUGAAGUAGAAAAUUUGAUUUGAAGAAUAAAUUGAGCAUUAAAACUUUUUAUUUAUUAAUUUCCUUUCGAAAACCUCUUAUUGUUAAAAUCUCACCAUAAUUGGUUAGAUAGAGAGAAGCAGCGUCGUUAGGGAUACGUUUGUGAAGUAUUGAGUUUUAAAGUAUUUAUUAAAGUCAAGUUUCAGCAAACCAAAAUGGUUGUAUAUGGAUAGGUAUGUUAAAAAAAUCAAGUAAGUAGUAAGAAGUAGAACGAGUAACGAAGUAUAGCCAAAUAGGGCUUACAAGUUAAAGGAUUUAAAAAAAACUGAUUAAUCUUUAAACGGACUUUAAUAUUACGGAAUAGGCAUGCCGUGUCUACUUUAAUUUGAUUGUACAGCCUUGUAUUUAUAUUUUCUUUAAAUUGUAAAAUUGUGUAAAUAUUGUAACAAUCACUAGUGGACCAAAUAAAUAAAUAAAUAUUGUCGACAAACUUUAAAAUGAAUUAGUUAAGGUGAAGGAAAAUUUUGUACGUAUCUGGUCGAAAAAGUUAGUGGACCAUAGAUACACAUGCACAUGAACAGUUUAUUUAUAAACUGUUUGAGUUUUUUAGUUUGAGUUAUAGGUUGUUUGUCUUCUUAUCUAUUUUAUUAAGCUACUCCAAUAUAAAAGCACACAAAAGAAGCCGUUUUUAAUUUUUACCGAGAAUAAGGAAAAGAAAAUUUAUUUUUGUCUUUGUGUAAAUAAAAAGUAGUUAUAAGAUAAGAUAACAUUUUAAAAUCUAUAAAACAUGCAAUUAUCAUGUCAAUCAUUGCAAUCCAACGAUAUUUUAUCCUAUAGAUAUGUUACGUGCCUACAUAAUCACCGCAAUAAGUGAUCCGAAUUUAAAUGCUGCACUGAGUGUUUACUUAUAUUAUAUUAUAUUUAUGUAGA